CGCUCGCCGCACUCCUGGCGGUCCCGGCCGCUCGCCGCCGCCUCGCGGAGGUUCGCGCGGAGCUUCCCGCGGCGCCGCGCGCGUCCCCGGCCGGCCCGAGCUCCCGGACCGCGGCGAGAGCCGCAGGAGCCCGCGGGGACGCGGUGCGAGCCAGCACCUCCCUCCUCGGGACGGAAGGCCGGUUCCCGGGGCUUCUGCUCUGACGUCGGGAAGCCCGUGGCCCGUCGCAGGAAGAAGCACAUUGCCAAGGUGACCCCGCAGUGCAGCAUGGUUGCGUGAGGAGAGCCUCAGCGAGCGCCGGGAUACCUGGAGGAGGAGAUAUGACGCGUUAGCGGCCCCCCAGGCAGAGACUUCAAGAUGGCAGCCCAGCGGAUCCGAGCGGCCAACUCCGGCGGCCUCCCCCGGUGCAAGUCUGAGGGGACCCUGAUCGACCUGACCGAAGGGUUUUCCGAAACGAGCUUUAAUGAUGUCAAAGUGCCUUCUCCCAGUGCCUUGCUAGGAGACAACCCCCCCGCUUUCGGAAAUGCAAAGGAAGUGGUUGCCAUCAAGGACUACCACCCAGCCAACUUCACCACCCUCAAGUUCUCCAAGGGCGACCACCUCUACGUGCUGGACGCGUCCGGCGGAGAGUGGUGGUACGCACACAACACCACGGAGAUGGGCUACAUCCCCUCCUCCUACGUGCAGCCCUUGAACUACCGGAACUCCACCCUGAGCGACAGCGGGGUGAUCGACAACCUUCCAGACAGCCCGGACGAGGUGGCCAAGGAGUUAGACCUGCUCGGGGGAUGGACGGAGGACAGGGCUCCGGCCAAGACCUACAGUAACAACCCUUUCUGGAGCGGGGCCCAGACAAACCCGUUUCUGAACGGGAGCACGCCGGGGAUGCCCAGCUUCGACGAGCCGGCCCCCAAGAGCACCGUGGACUUGCUCCUCUUUGACACAGGCACGUCCUCAUUCACCGAGUCCAGCUCCGCGACCACCAACAGCGUCGGCAACAUCUUUGACGAGCUGCCGGCUGCAAGCCGCCUCCAGGCAGAGGCGGCGGGCAAGCGGGACAACCCCUUCUUCAGAAGCAAGCGCUCCUACAGCCUGUCGGAACUGUCCGUCCUCCAGGCCAAGUCGGACGCCCCCGACUCCUCGGGCUUCUUCUCGGGCCUGAAGUCCCCGGCCCCGGAGCAGUUCCAGAGCCGGGAGGACUUCCGCGCCGCCUGGCUGAGCCACCGGAAGCUGGCCCGGUCUUGCCACGAUCUGGACCUGCUGGGCCAGAGCCCCGGGUGGGGCCAGACCCAGGCGGUGGAGACGAGCAUCGCGUGCAAGCUGGACAGGUCGGGGGGCGCCGUGCAGCUGCCCGACACCGGCAUCAGCAUCCACGUGCCCGAGGGCCACGUGGGCCCCGGGGAGACGCAGCAGAUCUCCAUGAAGGCCCUGCUGGACCCCCCGCUCGAGCUCAACAGCGACAGGUGCAGCAGCGUCAGCCCCGUGCUGGAGGUGAAGCUGAGCACCUUGGAGGUAAACACCUUUAUCAUCGUGGAGAUGAAAGUGUCCGCCGAGGUGAAAAAUGACAUUUUCAGCAAAAGCACAGUGGGUCUCCAGUGCCUGAGGAGCGACCUGAAGGAAGGGCCCUAUGUCCCCGUCCCGCUCACCUACAGCUACGGGGACACGGUCCAGGUGCAGCUGGACAACCUGGAGCCCUGCAUGUACCUGGCCAUUGUGGCCCACGGCCCCAACAUUCUCUACCCUUCCACGGUGUGGGACUUCAUCCACAAGAAGGUCACCGUGGGGCUCUAUGGCCCCAAACACAUUCACCCGUCCUUCAAGACCGUGGUGACCAUUUUCGGGCACGACUGCGCCCCAAAGACGCUGCUGGUCAGCGAGGUCACGCGCCAGGCCCCCAGCCCUGCCCCCGUGGCCCUGCAGCUCUGGGGCAAGCACCAGUUCGUCUUGCCCCGGCCCCAGGAUCUCCACGUCUGCGUGUUUUCCAACAUGACCAAUUACGAGGUCAAGGCCAGCGAGCAGGCCAAGGUGGUGAGGGGCUUCCAGAUGAAGCUGGGCAAGGUGAGCCGCCUCAUCUUCCCCAUCACCUGCCAGGACCCCCGCGAGCUGUCCGACUUCACCCUGCGGGUCCAGGUGAAAGGCGACCAGGAGGCCAUCCUGACCCAGUUUUGUGUGCAGACCCCCCAGCCGCCCCCGAAAAGUGCCAUCAAGCCCUCGGGGCAGAGACGCUUUCUCAAGAAGAACGAGGUCGGGAAGAUCAUCUUGUCCCCGUUCGCGGCCACCACCAAAUACCCGACGUUCCAGGACCGCCCGGUGUCCAGCCUCAAGUUCGGCAAGCUGCUCAAGACCGUGGUGCGGCAGAGCAAGAACCAUUACCUGCUGGAGUACAGGAAGGGCGACGGCGUCGCGCUGCUCAGCGAGGAGAAGAUCCGCCUGAAGGGGCAGCUGUGGACCAAGGAGUGGUACAUCGGCUACCACCAGGGCAGGGUCGGCCUCGUGCACGCCAAGAACGUGCUGGUGGUGGGCAGGGCCCGGCCGAGCCUCCUGUCGGGGCCCGAGCUGAGCACCUCGGUGCUGCUGGAGCAGAUCCUGCGGCCCUGUAAGUUCCUCACCUACAUCUACGCCUCCGUCAGGACCUUGCUCAUGGAGAACAUCAGCAGCUGGCGCUCCUUUGCCGACGCCUUGGGCUACGGGGACCUGCCGCUCACCUUCUUCUGCCGCGCGGAGCUGGACAGCGAGCCCGAGCGGGUGGCGUCCGUGCUGGAGAAACUCAAGGAGGACUGUAACAACGCCGAGAGCAAAGAGCGAAAGUCCUUCCAGAAGGAGCUCAUGAUGGCCUUGCUGAAAAUGGACUGCCAGGGCCUGGUGGUCAGGCUCAUCCAGGACUUUGUGCUCCUGACCACGGCGGUGGAGGUGGCCCAGCGCUGGCGGGAGCUGGCCGAGAAGCUCGCCAAGGUGUCCAAGCAGCAGAUGGACGCGUACGAGUCUCCCCACCGGGACCGGAACGGGGUCGUGGACAGCGAGGCCAUGUGGAAACCCGCCUAUGACUUUUUACUAACGUGGAGCCACCAGAUCGGGGACAGCUACCGGGACGUCAUCCAGGAGCUGCACAUAGGCCUGGACAAGAUGAAAAACCCCAUCACCAAACGCUGGAAACACCUCACGGGGACUCUGAUCCUGGUGAACUCCCUGGACAUCUUGAGGGCAGCCGCCUUCAGUCCUGUGGACCACGACGACUAUGUCAUUUGAGCGCGCUCCCUCCCACCCGCUGCUGCUCUGGGGCAACACCCCCUCCCCGCCCCCGUCCGCGGGGGAGGCAAGAGGGGCCGGCUGCUCGGGCACAUCCGGGGUCCCUCUCGGCUGGACCCACGCCCACGGACCAAGCACACACAAUGUCCCACCGUCCCCCUCCAUCGCGGGGGAAGGGGGUGCUGAAGGGAAUUUCUACUACAGGUCGUCGCCAAUCAAGAUAGCUUUCUAUUUCUUAGGCAUAAAUUUAAAUUUAAAAUCUUUUUUUUUUUUUUUUAAGUAUGGGGGGAGGCCUAUGAGAAAGGUGGUAUCUAAUUUUUUUAAUGGACCAUAAAGUUUUAAAAAAAAACAAAAACACCUUCAUAGGGGCGGAUGCUGUUGAGGUUUUUAUGUUCUAUAAAGACCUUUUUAAAUUAUGUUCCAGAUGUAUAUAUGUAUUUAAAGGUGGCUCCCAGCCUCACUUUGCAUUUCAACCCUCAGCACGGGGAUGCGCUUGCUCCGAUGUUGGACUCUUUGCUCUGUUCUUGUAAAAAGGGUAAAUCGAAUAGGAAAUGCGGUUUUCCAGGACGUGAGUGCAGCCCUCGCCCAUCCGUUCUGGGAAUGCCCUAGGUCCUUCCGUUCUCUUCUGUACUUUGCCCCAUGUUACAGUAAACGACCAGCGACAGCGCUUGUGACCCUUCUGUGAGCCUCCGUGGGCAGAGGGAAACCCUUGAGAUGAGAAGCAGUCGGGAGCUGGCGUUCUCUGUGGCACCAGGCGGCCGGUCAUUCAAGAGAACAGUGCCGUGUGCAGUGCGGGGUCCUCGCAGCUCUCAGAUGCCACUGUCCUGCAGGCAUGGAGGAGAGGUGGCCACGAGGAGCCCCCGUGCACACGCGUGUGCAGAGGUGCCUGCUGCCACUGGCCUCACUCCACUCCGUUCCAUGUGAAACUAACCCCUCUCCCUCCCUUCCUGGUUCACCCAAGUCUCCUAAGAAAUAACAGCAUAAGGGACACCCUUUUUUUUUUUUUUUUUGGUACAAUGUAAAGAUUAUCUGAGCAGGGUGUAGGUUUUCUAAAACUGAAAAUGCGUCCCGCCUAAAUCCAGGGACUUGGCGGAUGGUGCACUGACAACCUUAACAGUUUUACAUCAGCGCGGCCGAGGAUGGCGAGCAGUGUCGGGGCCGUGGUCGCACGGUGGCUGCGGCAGCUCAGGGGGCAGGAGGGCGCAGGACCGAAGAACCAGAAUUACCUGGCAAAUCAGGAGACUCGAUUCCGGGGAAUGUGUCGGCACAUGCACCGGGCAGUUGGGGGCUCCCAGGCCUCAUUCUCUAAACCUGCUGUUUAGAAACACGUUCUGUUAAUUACUAGUGUAAUCAGCGUGUGAUCCUUAUUGGGCUGAAACAUUCUUCUAUACCUGUUGACUCAGAUACCGAAGACCACCUGGCUAGAAAACAAAAACAACACCUAGAAAAACACUACAUUUUUUAUGCUGCAAGAACCAGGACCCACAAUUCCCCGACCAUCACAUGAAAGAACCUUAAAUUCUCCUUCUCCUUUCCACCCUCAUUCUUCCCAGGGAUCGUCACUCACCUUCUCCCCAAAGAAGAAAGAAAACCAGUUGCACCUUAAACCAUGGAUAUUCUUCCUCAGGGGCUUUACAUAGUUUCCUAUGCACCAUGUCUUGUAGCACAAAUUAAAUACUACAAAAGUUGCAGUAAAUUUUAUUUGGAUAUUUUAACCUA